AUGGCAUCCAUCAAUGAACUCAUACAGUUCCUGUCAUCCGAGUUUCCUGUGGAAGACAUUACUGACGAGUGCGUGUCAUUGAUUGCGAUAAGUGGCUACAACAACUUUACUUCCAUUUCAAAUGGUUUCACCCCAGCUUUCUUCAGUGAGGAUGAUCUAGUUGAAAAACGUAUUCAGUCAUUGCUUGCUAAACUUGCAACUUUUGAAGAAGAGUGUGAUGAUCCGGAUAUAUGGGAUGAAAUGGCUAAAAUCAACGUGUCGGGAAGACAGCUUUGUAUCCUUCUGUGGUUCCCUAUAGAAUGGGCACUUACUGACUGGUAG